GUUGAAGAAGAAGAAAUGGCAACGGUGCUCUCCGUUCACGAUCGGCGAGUAUUGACGGCUGUGAACAGUGGAUCAUCGAGUCUUUCGUUCGUCGGAUCCGGCUUCAUCGUGCUCUGCUACUCCCUCUUCAAGGAACUUCGCAAGUUCUCCUUCAAGCUCGUCUUCUACCUUUCCUCUCUGGAUCCGUCGAAAGGUUUCUUUUGUUAUGCUCAGGACUACACCACGCAUUUCUUCUGUGUUGCUUCCUUCCUCUGGACAACAACUAUUGCUUUUACUCUUCAUCGCACUGUUGUUAGACACAAAACUGAUGUUGAAGAUUUGGAGGGAAUCUUUCACUUGUAUGUUUGGGGAACUUCACUAGUUAUGACUGUCAUACAUUCUAUUGGUAAUAACAACACACAUUUUGGGGCUUGGUGUUGGGGACAAACAGGUCGCACUGGAAAGGCAGUUCACUUUUUAACAUUUUAUGUCCCUCUAUGGGGUGCAAUUCUUUACAACGGUUUUACAUACUUUCAAGUGAUACGCAUGCUGAACAAUGCCACUCGUAUGGCAGUUGGCAUAUCAGAUCAUGCAUACCAGUUUGAUUCAAGGACAGACACAAAGGCUCUGAACCGGUGGGGUUACUAUCCACUUAUCCUAAUUGGAUCAUGGGCAUUUGGCACAAUCAACCGCAUUCACGAUUUUAUUGAGCCGGGCCAAAAGAUUUUUUGGCUCUCAUUUCUCGAUGUUGGGACUGCUGGACUUAUGGGCCUUUUCAACUCAAUAGCUUAUGGUUUGAAUGCUUCAGUCAGGCGAGCAAUUUAUGAAAGACUGGAACUGUUUUGGCCAGAGAGGCUCCAGAGAUGGUUCCCUAACAGUUCAAGACAUAGAAACCAACAGCAACAGAGUGAAUUGGUCGCCCUCAAAAUUCAGGACCAACAAUAGCCGGAUUUCUAGAUUUUUGUUGAUAUUCUUUCUGUAAAUUGUUACGAGUCAUUUUGAACUGAAGAGACAUUGAAGCUGGCAUCCAGGUGAAAGCUAUCAUCGAAUCGGAUCAUUUCUUACCUUGACCCUUCACAAGACUGGUAAUUGUAAUUUUGAAGCAGACGACGGCCACCAAUGGGACCUUUAUAUUCGUUUUAACUGGAACCUCUGUCCUUUGUUGUUGCUGUUAGUUGAUUGGUUAACAAAUUUGUGAAGUUGAAAUUGUUCGUCGGUUUGAUUGAUUAUUCUUGUACGAUUCCAGCAUGUUACUGUCAUUCGAGAUUCUGGUAUAAGAUUGUUUACAAGGCAUGCAUGCUGCUAAUGAAGUUCUUUGGGAUUGAUGGCAAGCUAUUCCAGGGUUUCAUUAGAAGGAACCUCAAGUUACAUAACAUGCAUUAACAAAAGCUGAGAAAUCAUGCUCUUC